AUGCCGAAACCGACCAUAAUCCUCGUCCACGGCGCCUGGCACCGCCCGGAUCACUACAAGCCCUUCCUCGACGUCCUCGAGCGGAAGGGAUACCCAUGCAUCGCCCCGAGCCUACCGUCCGGCAGCACUCCCCCGCCCGAGGACCCCCCCGCCGCGGACGUCCGCUGCAUCAGAGAGGCCGCCGUCGAGGUGGCGGACCAGGGCAGGAAGAUCAUCGCCGUGGCUCACUCAUACGGCGGCAUCGUUGCCACGGAAGCCUUCGCAGGUCUCGGGGUCGAGACGCGGGCUAAGGAGGGGAAGAAAGGGGGCGUCCGGUGGCUCGUGUAUCUCACGGCGUACAUGGUUUCGGGGGAUGAUUCUCUUGGGAGUGUGUUGCUUCCGCACCCGUUGACGUGGUUACGUGUUGAGGGAAUGGAGGCUGUUCUUGCAGAGGACCAUGACUACGGAUCCGUCUUCUACUCCGACCUCCCCAAGGCGGAACACCAGAAGUUGAAGGAUUUGCUCAGGAGCUUCCCUAUUGCUUGCGCGGCGUACGUACCAAAAGCCAAGGCUUAUCUCAAUAUCAAGACCGUCUACGUAUACUGCGAGAAUGAUCUCGCGGUGCCACUCUCUGUGCAGCGGAUGCUGGUAGAUAAGGUGAAGGAGCUCGGAGUUGGUGUCAAGGAGGAAAGCUUGCCGGCGGGCCAUUUCCCGUCGCUAAGCAUGCCGGGAGAGCUUGCGAGGGUUAUUGAAAGGCUGUUGGAAUACCGAGCACGUAUUUGA